UGUGUUUACUGUCUUUUGUGUUACUAAAAUUUCACUUAGUAACUUGCAGGCACGGUUGUUUCAGGUAAGCGGAAACUCAAGAACUUUCUAGCUACACAUCUCUAGAGCGCUGGUGAGAUAAUUAAGAUGAAAUUUCCCUUGUUAUUUCUUGUUUCCCUAGGCAAGGAAUUGUUCCUCCUGGUCUCACAGAAAAUGAGUUAUGGAGAGCAAAAUACAUCUAUGAUUCAGCUUUUCAUCCCGACACUGGUGAAAAGAUGAUUUUGAUAGGCAGAAUGUCUGCUCAGGUUCCAAUGAACAUGACCAUCACAGGUUGUAUGAUGACGUUUUAUAGGACCACGCCGGCGGUGCUGUUCUGGCAGUGGAUUAACCAGUCCUUCAAUGCCGUGGUCAAUUACACCAACAGAAGUGGAGAUGCUCCCCUCACUGUAAAUGAAUUGGGAACAGCUUAUGUUUCUGCCACAACUGGAGCCGUAGCAACAGCUCUGGGACUCAAUGCAUUGACCAAGCACGUCUCACCACUCAUAGGACGUUUUGUUCCCUUUGCUGCGGUAGCUGCUGCUAAUUGCAUUAAUAUCCCGUUAAUGAGGCAAAGGGAACUCAAAGUCGGCAUUCCCAUCACAGACGAGAAUGGGAACCGCUUGGGCGAGUCGGCCAAUGCUGCAAAACAAGCCAUCACACAGGUGGUCGUCUCCAGGAUUCUCAUGGCAGCCCCGGGCAUGGCCAUCCCUCCAUUUAUCAUGAACACUUUGGAGAAGAAAGCCUUCCUAAAGAGGUUCCCGUGGAUGAGUGCGCCUAUUCAAGUUGGAUUAGUUGGCUUUUGUUUGGUGUUUGCUACGCCGCUGUGUUGUGCUCUGUUUCCUCAGAGAAGUUCCAUGUCUGCGACGAGCUUGGAGGCUGAGCUGCAAGCCAAGAUCCGAGAGACCCAUCCUGAAUUACGGCGCGUGUACUUUAACAAGGGAUUGUAAAAUAGGGGAAGAAACUCUACAGCUUGUCCCGCCUACUGCAGACCUGGUGAGGAGAAGCCUGUUCAACCUGGGUUCUCCCAGUGGCAGAAACCUUUUAAAGGUCCACAUUGGCCUUUUAGAGUCAAGCUGCCACCUACAGCACAGCACCUGGUGUGGGCCUGGCGCCCGACACCCGUUGGCUCCCUUACGUUUGAAUCACGGUGUAAUUUGCAAAAAUACCCUUCCUGUAGCUUUUAUAGUAAUUGUUUUUCAAAGACAAUAUACCAGCCCUCCCCCAGAGUUUUAAAAAGCACUGUUAGGCAUAGAGUAGAUGUUCAGUAUGUACUCAAUAAAUACUUACUGAUUAUCAGUGAGCGAAAAGGAAAUCUGUUUGAAAUACUGAAUGUUUAUCCUGUUCUUGUUUCAAAUCACUCAGCAGUGAUUUGGGAAAACAAAGCUCUGAGGCUAAGCUGGAAAAAACUGGACUCAUAAACAUUAAGGGAAGUUUACUUCCAGUUUGGGCGGUGGGCAACCCCAGCUAAGUGACAUGUCUUCUGGAUUUGUAGGAUUGAAAGCUCCCCCAUGUACUUCCCGAAAGGCACGGUAAUAGACCAGUGUCGUGAGCUGUUCCUGCCGGCCACGAUUAUAUGCAUUCACAUUGCUGGGGGAUUUCUUUGGUUGACUUCUGAAUUUAUUCUGUUUUACAUUCUUACGAAGUUCAUCUUACCUCGCACUUGUUGACCUUAGAUUCGGUUAUUUACGCCAAGUAAUCAAAUCACAGAAAUGUUACACGUGUCGGAUUUUGGAAGUAUAUUCAAUACCAGUGCCGUGUGACUGGGUUGGAUCUGGUUCGUUUGAUUCUUUAGAAGUGAGAGCCCAGCUCCAGCUAGCUGCAUGUGUUGGUCAUUCGUCUAGAUCUCCUUGGCUUUCAGAAAGAUGCGGAAAUGUUGUGUAUGUGAAUCAGUGACUAAAUGAAUUUUCCUUGAAUAUUGUCUAUUGCAUUCUACCCUGUUUGAAAAUAACGAACCCAUGGGCCACUGUUUACAUCAUCUGUAGUAGCCUCACCUGUUUUUAACGUAACAGGUUAUGUUUCACGUCUGUAGAUGUUCCAGGCAUAUGCUAGGUGGUUGUUCUGUUGAGUGAAGACCACUCAGUUCACUUGUAAUUCAGAGACUUGUAAGUGGGGGGAAAAAUGUAGAAGCUAGUUUCGACAGGUUUUUCCCGACGAUGUGACCAGUCUGUAUUUCCUCAUAAAGAAAAAAUGGUGUGCCUUGUGUCCGUGUUUCUCUUUUUCUCUGAAAGGAUUAUGGAUCUGAAGCUUGGGGGUACCUCGAGCCUUCCUUUGUGCCACCAGAAUGUUCUCUUUGAGAUUUUCUGUCUUAAACCAUUUGAGGCAAAUUGGUUCCCCAUGACAUUCUGAUGUAUUUUGUUGCCGUAGAUGCUUCUCUUUAAAUAGCGGUAAGAGCCUGAAAUUGAAGGCAGAUCUCCAUGAGGUGCUGAAAGGGUGGUUUUUAACCUAACUAAGUGCUUGACGCCAACCCCACCUGCCCCAGCUAAUCUCAGAAUUCUCACCGCCCCCUCCCCCAUUAACUGUUAGGUCCCUUUCAGAAUCCUAACCUUCUUUGAGAAAUCAGCUAGCAGCUGGCUUGACACUUGAUGAACUAACCAAAAUUUUGUACACACCAGGAAGGUAGGACCAAAGCACUGUUGUAGAACGGAUCAUGAACAUGGAGAUGUGUCUUUUUAAACACUUACUGAGGCUUCCAACCCCUGAUGCUUUUAUAUAGAAAUAUUAACUGUAUCAUUUAAUCGUGGUUUAUAAAAAGGAACAAAUGAACCAAGAUUGGCAAUUUCGCUGAUCUCUUAGAAAUAUCUUUUCUGGAGAAAAGUCCACAUGAAGUGCAAUGAGCUUAUAAAGGUAAAUAGUUGUUCAUAUUUCUAGUCACGUGAUAAUUAUGAUUGUACGUGUUAGUGACUGGCAGAUCUUAUUACUUCAGUAUUAGCAUGGUGUCUUUGCCAGUGUUGGAGUCAAUGUAUUAUUUCCGUUCAACUGGAUGAAAUGUUAAAUAAACUCAGAAUGAAAAUAAA